GCAGCACGGAGGUUUGAGGGCGUAAUGUAUGUUCAGCUAGCAGCAAAAAGUUGCAAGAUGGCUUCCAUCGCCGGCAGACUAACUGGGUCUCUAAAAUCCAUAUCUAGGCUGUUAAAUGGUAGUUAUGCAUAUCCCAGCACUGUAUUUUGCCAGGCUAAGAGAUGGGAAUCUUCCGACGUUAAACCAACUUUGAAGCCAUUUGAUCAGAUGAAAAGGGACACAUUGGAAGAGUAUGGACGGUUUGUUGCAGAGUGUCUACCAAAGUAUGUGCAGAAAGUGCAAGUAACACAUCAGAAUGAACUUGAGGUUAUGAUACACCCUGAGGGCGUCUUACCAGUUAUGACAUUUCUCCGAGAUCACACCAAUGCGCAGUUUAAAUCCCUGGUUGAUGAAACUGCUAUAGAUGUUCCCAAAAGAAUAAAUAGGUUUGAGAUCAUAUACAACCUACUGUCACUACAAUACAAUUCAAGAAUCAGAGUUAAGACGUAUACAGAUGAAAUGACGCCAUUGGAUUCAUUAUACUCAGUAUUUAAAGCAGCAGAUUGGUAUGAGCGAGAGAUUUGGGAUAUGUUUGGUGUGUUCUUUUCUGAUCAUCCUGAUUUAAGACGUAUACUUACAGAUUAUGGAUUUGAAGGACAUCCACUUCGGAAAGACUUUCCACUCAGUGGUUAUGUUGAGGUAAGGUACGAUGAUGAACAGAAGCGCAUUAUAUGUGAACCCCUUGAGAUAACACAGGAAUUCCGCAAGUUUGAUUUGAAUACACCAUGGGAAACGUUCCCAGCGUACAGAGAAGGUGAAACAGAACAGAUUGAAGCCGGAAGUGAGGAUAAGAAGGAAUAACACUCAAAUUGAAAUUCAUAUAAAUUAAUAGAUUUGGACUUUACAGAAGCAUUUCUUUGUUUGAACGUAUGAAAUGUGGUUUUUACUAUUAUAAGAAGGUUGGUGUACCAACAGCGCCCUCUUGUGGUCAAAAGUAUCAAACUUUUUAUGGAUAGUAACCUGAGAUUAGUGAUACUGGUUUAGUUUUACUGAGUGCUGUAACUGGUACAGUAUUAUAACCUGCAUAAAAAUUUAAUCUAGUCACACGCUGUAAAUAAAAAGAUAUGUUGUCUCGAGAUGGAUUUUGCAUUCUUUAUUGACCGUAUUGUUCCAUCAAGAAAAAGAAUGAAUACAUUAAGUAAUAAUUGCAAAUCUUCUGCUGUUUUACCUGCAUAAAAAUUUAAUUAUAAUCACAUGUUGUAAAGACAAGAAAUAAAACAAUAUGUUGUUUCAA